AUGCAGACCCUUCAAUCUUCCCCAGCUGGUCCAGCCCUUCGCGUUUCCCCCAUAGAACCUCUCCGUAAACAAUCCCCUCAGCUCUCUACUUCAGCCAGAGUGGAUCCUAAGAAGCAGAAGAAACUAUGGAUGAAACCCAUCUCUGCUUCAGCUCCAAAAGCUUCCUCUGCUCCCAAGAGAGAGAGGGACCCAAAGAAGAGAGUGGUUAUAACGGGUAUGGGUGUCGCCUCUGUAUUUGGUAACAACGUCGAUGUGUUCUAUGAUCGUCUUCUCUCUGGUGAGAGUGGCAUUGAUAUCAUCGAUCGGUUUGAUGCUUCAAAGUUUCCCACUCGAUUUGGUGGCCAGAUUCGUGGGUUCAGCUCUGAAGGUUAUAUUGAUGGCAAGAACGAUCGUAGACUUGAUGAUUAUCUUAGGUUCUGUAUUGUUGCUGGUAAGAAGGCCCUUGAGCAUGCUUCCCUUACUCGUGAUGGCCUCUCUAAGCAGAUUUUUCAUAGUAUAAAGUGA